UCACCCCACCACCACUUUCUUUCCAUCCAAACAAAACCAGUUGAUUCUAGAGAAAAUUCAACAGUGAUUCCCUCUCAUUUUCCUAUAUAACACCCUUCAUUUCAACCCCAAACUUUACCACCAACAAUCAAACCCCAUAAAACAUAUACAUCCAUGGCUAGAAACUACAACUAUUCAUCAUAUUCAUUCAUAGAUCACUUAUCUCCUCCACCUCUCCACUUAUGUUUCUUCAUCAUAAUCCUCUUCUUCGUACUGGGUUUAUCAUGGUACAUCAAUUACGAAUCCAAGCUCGAAGAUCUCACCAUUCAGCUCAAGCUUUUCCUCUUGUUAGUCCCUGUGGUGUUGCUGCUUUUGGUUCACUGUUUAUCGGCGGAGAGUCUUGAUUUCGUUGUACCGUUUCCCGAUCAAGAUUCGCUUCACAGAGCCGGUGGAUCGCCGUGGGGGGUGGCGCUUGUGUUGGUAGUGGUUAUUUAUAUGAUCUCUUAUCAAUCUUAUUUUCAUGAGCGUUGGUUUCCAUUUGGUAUUAAAUGAUGUGAUCAGUUGGCCUUUUUAUUCAUAUAUAUAUAUAUAUAUAUAUAAAUUAGUAGCAAA